AUGCCAGAAUCAUCCAUGACCCAAUGCAAACUUCGUCACCGUCCCAACCUCCAUGUCGAGUCCGACAGUGUUGCAGACGCCUCUGGCGAGAUUGCCCAACCCUGGAACAAAGUCACCUCCACCAAGAAAGGGAAAAAGAAGUUGAAGAAGAAGAAGAAGAAAGCUACCUGCCCUUCUACCAGUAACAUAUGUGCCGAACUGUUCUCUCCCACCAAUAAGGAAUCUGACUCUUCAUCCUCUUCUCCCACAUCUUCUGAGGAUUCCAACUCCAAACCCUCUCCUACACAGGGUUUUGCCUAG